UACCUUACCACAGUUAACAAUCACGUGUCAGCUGUGGCAAGUGUUGAACUGCCUCGCGAUCUGUUAAGAAUAAAACCGGUUUUUGUUUCAAAGUUUCGUGCCUUCGGAUAAGUCACAGAAGUUAAAAUGCUUGUGAAGGCGGCCCUCCUGGUUAUGCUUCUUGGAACUGCUUCUUGCCUGCAGUUAUUGGAUGAAUGCAUGCCAAAGAAGUCCUUAGAAGCAGCUAUAAAAGGCAGUGAGAUGAACCUCAGAGUCUGGGUUCCAGAGAUCGGCGACACGCGCCUUCUCACACUGAUAUCUGAGAAUCAUCUGACGGGGAUUUCAAGAAAAAUCGAAAUCAGGAAAAACGUAACAACUGUACAGACAAAAGAUGAGGAGGAAGUUAGCCCGGAACAAGAGCUACCGAUACAAAACAACAGCCUUCCCCAUGGCUGGGUAACUUUCAAGGUCACUUCAGCAGAAAACGUCACUGUGACUGUUCCUGACGCCAAUCUAACUCUCAUAGAUACACCAGAUGUCGUCCAAGACAAAAACAUAGAAAUCGCAGGAAGCAACGUGACCUUCAACUGCAUGUUACCCGCGCACCACUGGGAAGUGUCCGCCGGCGAGGAGGCCUUCAUCCCGCUCAGCCGCGAAGGCCCCCACGACUUCUCGCUGUUCGCCAGAGCGCCCUUCGUGCCCGAGCUGGCGGUCGGGCUGGACAGCCUGGGGCCCCUUCGCGUUCCUUCGUUAGGCAGUGUCUUUGAGUUGGAAUCCGAACAGAUGGCUGCUUUUUCGUUUUAUAAUUUCACGCUGGACUGCACGAUCGCCGUAAGAAAAAGUUCAUGCUAUAUCCAGGCGGGGGACUACAAGAUCCUGGUGGGAUCUCUUCCCCGCGAGGCCGCUUCGCUCUCCUUGACAGCCGGCGGGACGGACGACUACAUCAUUGUGCAUGGCAUGAGGAAAGAUCAGGAAAGGCUCAAAACAGGAGAACAGGAUGAGGAUCAGAACGGAGGAGGAGAACCAGUUAUAACAGUCAAUAUAGCAAUAGCUGUCAUUGCAGUGUCCAGCGUGGCAAUAGUUUCAGUAUUCAUCUUUAUAAAGUGGAACAGGAAGAGAGGAGAGCCCUGGUAUGAGAACCACGGUGAAAACAAAACGGAAUCUACAAAACUAAGCGUAACGUGUUCCAUAGACUACCGAGGAACGAAAGGCCCACCUUAAGUGCUUUUCUACGAAAAUAAUGAACAUUUACAUUGGAAACCUUACAUCCCUCGGUUGCCAUGGUCUGGUGGAUUUUUGAACUCUUAAUUAGUGUUGUGAAAAACAGUCUGAACAAGGUUCUUUAUAUAAGAUAAGAAGUUUGUUGAGCUUCCAACACUGUGAAAUGCAGACCUUAGUGAAUAAUCUUCCUACAGUAGUGAGUGAAUACCGCAAUGGUGAAUUUCUUAGCCCCAAGGAUUGCUGAAAGGCUGAAAGAAUAUAGUGAUAACCUCCCUCCUACCCCUCUCUUUGAAUGAAUUUGCUGAGGAUGAAAUACUGCCCUGAUCAUCCGUUAUAGCAUGACCGUCUUUCAAGUGCUUUGAAGAAGUUUGAGAAGGUGUAGAUUGGUGAUUAUUUGAAUCUCUCCAAGGGAAACUGUCAACCAAUUAAGAUUAAAGAGAUUGCUCUGGUCAUUCUUGCUUUGGUUCAUUCUCUAGUCAUCAUUCCCAUCAUUAUUCAUCAUGUUCAGGGUAGAGAUGGUAAUAUUUCAAGUGUGAAGAUUUUAGUAAAUGGCUCCUAUUAUGAGCGACCCCAUAGAAAAUUGAUUAUAUUGAAGGUCACAGACAAACAAAAUGAUGAUUUAGUUUGUUAAGCAGUAACUGAUGAAACCAUUGUAAAUAGUACUGCUAUCAGUUCCUAUCUCACCUGAAAGGAAGGCUGCCGAUAAAGCUGUCUAGUGACACCAGCAAUAGACUGAAAACAGUCAGCUAAGAUUUCUUAGCUUGUGUAUAUUCGUAUGUUCUUACAUAAAUUCAUGGAAAGUACUAUUUUAUUUGACUAUACUCUUUAUAGUAUGCGUUUAAAUUGUCUAAGCUGUUUGCUCCAAAAAGAUGUCACCAACUUUGUAAAUAUUAUGCAUUAGUCCAUGUGGGAGAAUGUGUCAUGAAUGGCAGCGUACUUUCGGAAAGGUAGUCGAUGGAAACCAAUGUUUAUUUUAUAAUAACAAGUGUCGUUAAUUCUUUAAUCAAAAAAUGUUUUUUCCUCUUAUUUAGUAAGAUAAUAGGCCUUUACAGUGCGAUACAUUUUUCAUAAAAACGAUGACUAACUGAUGAAUACUAUGACCAUGUCUUAGAAUAAGUAACAUUCUACGAGUUGUGUCUUUUGAGCUUAUGUUUAUUGAUUUUUACUUCCGUUGAAAAUAUGAUUAUUUAUCGCACAGAUGUUACAAUGUAUGCCCCUGUAUGUCCUCAAAAUAAGGCGAUCUUAACAAUAUUUUUGGUGUAAUGUGUUGGUGUGCUUCACACACCAUAUUUUCUUCCUCAUCCUAAUUAAUUUAUGUUGAACGAUUUGCUACGAAAUGUUGAAUAUCUAAAUUUGU